AUGGAUAUCAUAAACAACAUUCUGCAAAGAGAGAUAGUGCAACACAUGAAUGAUAUACCUCCCAUUGAAGAAGUAAAUCUGGCAUUAUGUAAACUGAGAUCAGGUAAAGCUCCUGGAUUGAAUGGUAUUCCAGUUGAAAUUCUGAAAGCAGGUGGGGAUCAUAGUUCAUCUGAAAUUCAUAGCAUGAUAACUCGAGUUUGGAAUGAAUAUUCUGUGCCACAAGAAUGGAUAAAUGGCAUUCUAAUCUCUGUAUACAUGGGUAAGGCCCCAAAAGCAGUGUGUGGUAAUUCUAGAGGGAUAACUGUCCUGGCACAUACUGGGAAGAUACUUUCAAGGAUCAUGUUAGAUUGUCUCAUUGAGAAUGUGUGCCCACAUGUGAUUCCUGAAGAACACUGUGGUUCCAGAUCUGAGUGA